AUGGCUUGCGCUGCGCUGCCGGAGGCAGCAAAGGCUGGAGCAACGCUGGAACCGGCCAGUCACACUUUCGGGCCCGACGCUCUCCCACCACAAUUGCUUCCAGAUCCUUCCCCCACCUCCUUCAGGGAAUGGUUACAGGAAAAUGGCAAAGGUGACUGGACUCAUAUGAACAGGAUCCGAGCUGUGGCCGUUCCACUCCGGGGAGCUCAGCCUCUGCUCCCACAGCUGGAAGAAUACCUGACCCAGCUCGCCCCGGGUUGUGGCGGGGACCCUGCAGGAAACCCGUUUUACCAUCACUGGGGGAGUCGCCAGCAGACACGCGGGUCGCCCUCCGUCAACAGGAAGCUCCCGGGGCAGGGGCAGCGUCCCAGCGGGACCGCAGGCCGGCGGCCAGCGUUUCUGGACGGCGACCAGGAAGGUGAGGAGGGUGUUCGUGACGCCUCCCGUGGCGGCGCUGAGAUCUCACUACCAGCGACAGAAGCCCUCACCCGAGGGAGCGGGGUUAGAAAGAGCAAAGCCGGGGCGUGCGCCGCAGCCCCGCCAGCCGUCCGAGGGGCCGCGGGGGCGCGCGUGGGGAGGGGCGCCGGCGGUCGCUCCUCGGGGUGCACAGCGCCUGCUGCUCACGCCCCCUCAGCCCGCUCCGCCUCGGGAACCAGUGCCGGACCCCGCCGCCAUGUUGGGCCGGGAGAAGUGACUCGGGCCCGCCGACGACCAGCCGGACCCGAGGGGCGCGGGGCGCUGAGCGCGCCGGCGCCGGAAAGGGGACGCCAGGCGCCGCGGGCGCGAGUUCCGGUGAGCCGACGGCCGGGCGCGCGCAGGUACCGUAGCCUGUCGCGCCCCGCCCCGCCGGGAGAGGGCGGAGCCGCGAGCGGGAGGGCGGUGGCGAGCGCGCGAGGCGGAGGGCGCGGGCCAGGCGGAGGGUUGGGCGGCCGGAGUUCCCUCCUCCUCAAGGACCGGGCCCACGGCUGGCUCUCCGUCGUUGCUGCCGCCCGGCGCCCCGGGACCAGGAGGUGGAGGAGGGACCGGGCCCCGGGCCCCGGGCCUUGCCGCCGCCCCCUCCCCUCCGCCCCGAGACGCCACCGCCGCCCCGGCGACUUCUGCGAGCGCGGCUCGAGGGCAGGUAAGGACCUGGCGGCUUCGCCGGCCCCGCACAGGACGGCGCUAGGCCCCGCCGGCCGCCCGCGCCCCGCCGCAGCUCCCCGCCCCCGCGGGCUCCGAGUCGGGAAGUUGGGGAGAAACUUCUCCCCUCCCCCGGCCCGGCUCGCCGGCGCUCGGCCCGCGGGCGUGUCUCCUUCCCGGAGCUACCUGCUCGCCCGCGGCCCCGGCUCCGCCCGCCGGCCGCGCCCGGCCCUCCUGGAGGCCCCGAGCCUCCGACCCCCUUCCUGCUGGGCUACCACCACCGAGGUGAGCCGCCCCUUCCUGUCCCCGAGCUGCUCCAGCGCCACAAUUAGGCAGAGUAUUGCUCAGCUGCAGCUGCUGGGUGAUUAUGAACCACCCAGCUCCCGCCUGAGCUUAGAGGCAGAUUUAGCAAAAGGACUAUAG